UGCUGGUUGGGAACCGAGAAGUGUCGGGAGGAGUCGUUGUCACACUGCACAGAGAAGGGUCUGAGGUUCGGCGACGCCGUCCACGGUAACCCGCGACAGGACCGAGAAAGAGCCCGCCGCUCCCGGCCCCGCUCUGACCAGAGUCGGAUGGAAUCGGACGGGGCUCUGGUAAAUGCUGCGUCCUCCGGGCCUUCCCCACUUUCAGCCCCACCGAACCAUAAAGCCCCGGGUACUGUGACCUUUGAGGACGUGGCCAUUUACUUCUCCCAGGAAGAGUGGAAGCUCUUAGAUGAAGCGCAGAGGCUCUUGUACUGCAACGUGAUGCUGGAGAACUUUGCACUUAUAGCAUCCCUGGGUUGUUGGACUGGAGCAAGGGAUGAGGAGACAUCGUCUGAGCAGUGCAUUUCUGUAGGAGCGUCCCAGGUCAGGACUGCAAAAGCAGGUCUAUCACCCCAGGACACUCUCCUCUGUUCUAUGUGUGUCCCAGUCCUGAAAGAAAUUUUACACCUGGCUGAGCUCCAAGAAAUAUCUUCUGAGAAGAAAGCAUGUUUGGGUGGGCCAUUCAGUGGAAUGUGGUUGAGUACAAACUUUCACCAGCUCCACAAGCAUGAUAUUGGAGAGAAUCUUUUCAAAAGGAAUGUGGACCAGGCCUCAUUUGUGAGAAGCUGCAGAUUUCAUUCAUCAGGGAAGCCCUUCAUCUGUGCAGAGAUUGGGAAGGACUCUCCAGCCACCUCAGGCCUUCUUCAGCACCAGGCCACCCUCAACAGUGAGAAGCCACACAGCAGCAUUCAGCACUGGAAAGUUCACAGUGAAGCAAAGCCUUACAAGUGCAGCGAAUGUGGGAAAUCUUUUAGCCACAAAUCUGUCCUUGUUCAACACCAGACAGUUCACACUGGAGAAAGCCCUUACAAGUGCAAUGAAUGUGGGAAAUCUUUUAGCCAAAGUUCUGGGCUCUUUCGACACAGGAGGGCUCACACUAGAGCAAAGCUUUAUGAGUGCAAUGAAUGUGAGAAAUCUUUCAGCAGGAAAUCUUUCCUCAUUCGACACCAAAGAGUUCACACUGGAGCAAAGCCUUACAAGUGUAAUGAAUGUGGGAAAUCUUUUAGCCAGAAAUCUGUUCUCAUUCAACACCAGACAGUUCACACUGGAGAAAGGCCUUAUGAGUGCAGCGAAUGUGGGAAAUCAUUUAGCCACAAAUCUGUCCUCAUUCAACACCAAAGAGUUCACACUGGAGCAAGGCCUUAUGUGUGCAGUGAAUGUGGGAAAUCAUUUAGCCAAAGCUCUACCCUCUCUCAGCACAGGAGGUCUCACUCUAGAGCAAGGCCUUAUGAAUGCAGUGAAUGUGACAAAUCCUUUAGUCGUAAGCCCUACCUCAUUCAACACCAGAGAGUUCACUCAAAUGAAAGACCUUAUGAAUGCAGUGAAUGUGGGAAAUCCUUCAUACAAAGGUCUGGGCUUUUUCACCAUCGGGGAGUUCACACUGGAGAAAAACCUUUUGAGUGCAGUGAAUGUGGCAAAUCUUUUAGCCACAAACCCUCUCUCAUUCAACACCAGACAGUUCACACUGGAAUAAGGCCAUUUGAGUGCAGUGAAUGUGACAAAUCCUUUAGCCGCAAAACCCACCUCAUUCGACACCAGACAGUUCACACUGGAAAAAGGCCUUUUGAGUGUGGUGGGUGUGGAAAAUCGUUUAGAGAAACCUCUGGCCUCCACACAGGAGAGGUUGUCUGUAGUGACUGUGGGAAACUUAUUAGCCACAAAUCUCAUCUCAUUUAAUACAUAGGAGAUGGGGCUUAGAUAUGCAGAAAAUAUGAUUUAUUAAUACCCAGCAUAAUGAACAUGGAGGAAGAGUCUUAUUGAGGAGCCUUCUGACUGGAUUGAAUCUCAUAUAAAUAUAUCUGAACAUCCAUGAAUUUUCUAUAUUUUCAGGUAUAUGGGAACCAUGUGUAGCUAUGGUACACUUUCCAGACCUGCCCAGAGCUUGUGUCACUGCUUCUUCUGUGACCGUAGCUAUCUCAAUUGUGCCACUUUGCAGAUCCCCAUCGUAUGUAUACAUCAGUCACCACCCAAGUGUGCUCAGGGAAACAGUCCUCUUUCAUUUUUUAGAGGAAACUAUUAAUAGCCUGAGUGUUUAUGAGGCUUUUAUUCUCUUCUCUCUUAUUAGUUAGAGGGUUGACCUAGCUCAGUUUUGGCCCAGAGGACCUGAUAUGAGUUCUCCUGUUGGAUUACAGAGAAGAACUACCUUUUUGGGGGAUAUUGUUGGUCUCGGGUGGUGCUUAUAAUGUUUUCUCAGCUUCCAAGUCAUCAUACCAGGAACUACCUAUAGCACAUUGCACUGGUUUGUGCAAUAAUAAUGCCCUUUUGUUUCAGUAACUUUAAUUUUGGAAGUUUUAUUCACUGUGGAGUAGUUGGAAAGCAUAAUAGACCUCUGCCAACUUGAAGGGCUGAACAACUUUUGUGGGGAUCCAAACUUUGUGUGCCUCAGAGGAGACAAGAUGAUGACAGAGUAUAUCACUCACUCCAGAUUUUGCCUAGUUUGCUCUGCUGCCAAGACAUCCAAGGAAAGACAUCAGGUCCCAGUUUUUGGCCUGGAUGCUGGAGUUCUGUGGGCUCGGGAAAAACUGGAUUCAUCACGUUGAACGUAUAUAUGUAUUUUUUAAUGAAGUACUUUGAACCGUAUGUUGAGCAUAUAUUGUAAGUAUACAUUUGGCUAAAUGAUUUCCCACCUGUAUAUCUUAAGUAAAAUGCCUAUUUGGCUCAUUUGAUAUUUUAUGAAUAUUUACUAGUUUCUUUUCAGUAAUAAGUAGAGACAAUGGAAUAAGAAACUCGUAUGUUGGAAUUUUAUUUACUGAAGGAUGUAAGUGAUUUGUUUGCUUUUGAAUACUGUAAUAAUAUUUCCUCAUUUCUCUUCAAUACUUUUUUCUGGUAUGCACAUCGU